AUGCGACUGCUAUUUUUGCUACUCUGCUGCACCGUAGCUUUUAGCUGCUGUAAAGCUGUUGAAGAAAAGGAAACCAGCGACGUAUAUUCAUUAUUGGAGGCACAGAAAUUUUUACUCGAAAUCGUUUGGCAUGUACAGGAGCCAGUAGCACUGCCUGAGUGCCAGGAUGUUGAAUUUGUCAAUGAUGCGGCGCAAUAUACGAAAUUCGACAGUGACAUGCAACGCUUUGUUCAGGAUGUGCAACACCAACGUUUACUACCACGAAAUGACUUUUUCAGUGCGGUUGUGCGCACGCAUCACCAGCAAGUUUUGGGCUUAUACAAAUUACUGACAAAUGCCAAAGACUGGACCCUUUUCAAGCAGAAUGUAUGCUGGGCUCGUACGCACAUCAAUCCCGGCAUGUUCGUUUACGCACUCGACUUGGCGAUAAGACAUCGUAAAGAUUGCGAAAUCUUUGUGUUGCCACCAAUCUACGAAAUAUUUCCGCAACAUUUCUUCAACAGUGAAGUGAUACACAGGGCUAUGACUGUCAGCGAAAAGAAAUUGGAAAUGGCACAAGAGCAAUCGCACGCAAAUAACGGUACGGUAAGCGAAAGAAGCUUACACGAUUGGCAAACCUGGCAGUGGUGGAAGUUAAUGGGCUUAAGCGAUCAGCGUUGGUAUCUCGAUACAGAAGGCAGCGGUGCAAAGCGCGACGGUCUUACGAAAUAUUGGACACCUGUGGAUUAUACGCGCGAUGUGUACAUUUUGAAUGAUGAAACACGUUUAUCAUACUUGCUAGAAGAUGUGGACUGGACUACAAGUUGGUAUGAAUUCAAUGUGGACUAUCCGCCAUUUCUCGAGGACGAGGAAUUAGGCGCGCAUCAUGGCGAAUGGUGGAUCCACCAAUUGCGCACGAUAAUGACACGCUAUAACUUGGAACGCCUAUCGCAGGGCAUGAAGCCCAUCGCGGAUAUGAAAAUUUCGAAAACCAUAGAGACGGGUUAUAAUCCACAACUUGUCAGCUGGAAUGGUCAGACUUUCUGGCAACGCUAUAAUAAUUACGAAUAUGCUGAUUAUGGGUUUCCGGCAACGAUCGAUGUGAUUUUUAAAGUCACAAAAGAAAUAUAUGAAUUAGCCGACACUGGCGUAUAUCGGCGGGAAAAUGGCACAUUGCAUGAUUUGCAUCAGCUUGAGGCGCAACAAGAUUUCUUUAAUAUUAUACAUGGUAAUGUGAAUGCUUUGACGCCGUACAACCAACAAACCUAUUGGUUCUACUCCCUCAUGUAUCUUGCGCAAAUUGAGUAUGAGCAAUUCCAUAAAGUGGGUCCACAUGUUUUGGCGAAUUUCGAGACGGCGUUACGUGAUCCGCUCUUCUACUCGCUAAUGCAACACAAAGUUUUGGAUAUGUGGAACCGUUAUAUGCGUAAUUUGCCUGCAUACACGCGACAGGACUUGCUAGCUGUUGGUAUUGAGGUGAAGUCGGCUGCGAUUUCACCGCUGACGACUUAUUUCGAUUACGCUGAUAUUGAUUUGACCAACUUGUGGUUGGACAAAGUCAGUCCAUUUGAUAAUCGUAAAGGUAUUUAUGCCCGUCAGCAGCGGUUCCAACACAAGCCUUACAAUUACACGUUGCAUAUACAAGCGGAUGGUCCAGCUACAAUUAGAAUACAAACCUUCUUAGCACCAAAAUACGAUGAACACGGUGCGCUGCUGUCGCUCUCGAAGAACCGCGAAAAUUUCCUAGAAAUCGACCAUUCUAUUAUGGAAAUAAAAGCUGGUCUAAAUAUUGUCGAGGGGCGUUCGUAUAACGAUGAUGUGUCGACUAAACGCUGGACCUACAGCGAAAUGUGUGAUAUUGUCGACGCAGCGAUGUCCGAGCGUUUAGAGUUUCCAAAGAAUUUAAAUCUACAUUCAGACCGUUUCAAUUUACCAAGAGGUAACAAGCAAGGCUUUCCAGUACAGUUGGUCUUUGUUGUUAGAUCGGUUGAUGAAAAACAGGCUUACGGUUUUCCUUUUGAUCGGCAAAUCGAGCACGAAAACAUGUUUCAAGUGCCUAAUGUAUUUUUCAAGGAUGCUAUGGUCUAUCAUGUGGAUCAUAAUGAAAAUAUUGAAGAAUAUGUUAAGAGCUACGCGAACUUUGGCCAAUUCGAUGAAAACUACUGGAAGAUUAAGUGAUUUAUUUGAGUCUUUAUAA